CCGGUGGUGAGAAUGGCGGGAAGUUUACAACUUGAAAAAGAUGUUCAACAGCAAAUAGAAACAUUUGGGGAAGGGGAUCUUGCUCUGGGACGGACACUUUCAGUUUUGUCGAGAUCUGUUCAAAGAAAAAGUCUCACUAACGGUCUGGCAGAAGUUGUGUCGCAGCUUGAACAAGAAAUUGCUGAACUGAGGAAUACAAUCAAACAGAAGACUGUAGCAGUGUCUAAAAGAUCUCAGGACCUGUAUGAGCUUCAGUAUGUAAAGAGGAGACAGAAACCAGAGGAAAUUCAGGCUGAAGUAGAGAGGCUACAGUCACAGAUUGAAAGAACAAAGGACAUAACUGGUCUGUCCAUAGAAAAAUACAGAAAACAGGAGAUCAGUAAAGAGAGACACGCCAGCUUCAGUAUAGAAGGAAAUGUCCUGGGAAAUGAAUUCAGUGUACAGUUUGAUGCAAAAAAGACAGAAGAAGAUCAUGUGACCAUUGAGAACCUGGGUCUGUCAGUGGGAGAUGAUGUUCUACAGAGACUUCACCAGCCAUUACUUCAACUGAGUGACAACAAUGCCGUGGGUCCCUUUUUCUCCCUGAUGGAGCAGUAUUCUCGAUGGGUUUUACAAAGACAAGAAACAUUUCAACACUUCUCAGAAAAAUAUCCAGAUACAGUGUCGUCAGAUUCUGAUGACUCAUCAGUAUUAGUGCUCCAAAGUCCACAUAUUUCUAAUAGCCCAUCCCUCUGUGUGUGCUGGACAUUUAUGGUUGACCCUUUGUGUCAAUUUCACCCGGAGCUGAAGUUAGAGGUCAUCGUCCAUAAAAAAUUGCUAGAAGCAGACAAAGACAAUGUGAUGAAGAAAGCUCCUGAGGUGUUCCAAAAGAUGUUGGAUUCCUACGGAAUAGAGAGAGCCCUGGAGACCGUGAUUCAGCUGAUCAGGGGGACCUGAGAAUAUGUAAGGUCGAUAGGACUGAAAAAGAGGCUGAUACUCAUUGGAUGUGGUGAUGGUUGUAUCCUACAGUGUUGGGAUUUUAUGCAAAAAUAAACAUAAAAUAAUUGAAGCAGUGAUUUUGACUUCAUAUGGACAUAGCAAUUGAGUCAUUGAAUCUCACCAAUUGAGUCAUUGAAUCUCACCAUAUACAUCUCCUAAUGCAUGCUGUGACUCUAUUUUCCCAUAUUGCUCUCAGAUAGACCAGUAAUAUUCUUACUUGAAAAAUUAUUUUUUUUUAUAUGUGAAUAUAAGCAACUGUAAAAAAUGUGUUGUUAAGAACUUGAGGUCUUGAUAACAGGAAAAAGACAGGAUCAAUUAUAACUGUGUUUUUUUUUUGUUUUCUUUUUGUUUGUUUUUUUUUUUGUUUUUUGUUUGUUUUUUUUUUUGUUCUGAAAGAGGUUUUACUGUGAAACAUGGAGCUGUGAUUGUCUUUUGUUAAUUUUUGUUGAAAUUGUGAGAGAACACUUCAGUAAACCUGAUUAAAAAAAGUCAUAAAAUUUUACUUCUAACUUAAUUGACUUAAACACUGAGCUUCUGACCAAGCCAUGUGAGCAAACUUGUCUGCUAUAAAAGAGAUUGUGUCUUCACUGUGUUGUACAAACUUGUCUGCUAUAAAAGAGAUUGUGUCUUCACUGUGUUGUACAAACUUGUCUGCUAUAACAGUGAUCGUGUCUUCACUGUGUUGUACAAACUUGUCUGCUAUAACAGAGAUCGUGUCUUCACUGUGUUGUACAAACUUGUCUGCUACAUGUAUAACAGAGAUCGUGUCUUCACUGUUUUGUACAAAUUGACUCAUUUGAUCGCAUGUGCGAGAGUUCUUUGUGUUAAGAAGAAUAUGGGUGAACAAGGCGUGCAGAAUGCCUAUAGCUUCAGAUAUUUAAAAAAUCAUAUUCAAUUUUUUUGAAUUAAGUAUUUAAAGUAAAGUUCUCAUUAUUGAAAUUUAUGGA